AUGACACAUCAUGGACAUGGUGGAGGUAGUCACGCUGGCGGUGGACAUCACCAUCAUGGCGCAAGUCAUCACCACCAUCAUCAUCAUCAUAAUGGAGGAGGUGGUGUUGCAAUCAUCGGAGUUGGCGGUGGAGGGGGCUAUGGUCCUGCAUACUAUGGUCAAGAAACAGUGGUGACCACUGGAGCAAAUGGGCAAAUAGUUGCAACAACAACAACUCCGGUUGUAGUACGACGACGCUUCAGCGCACUGCGCUGUUUCCUUAUCAUUUUGUUCUCGAUGCUUGUCGUAGCAUCAGGAACAACCGUUAUCAUUAUUUAUAAUUGA